GGGACCCGCUUGCCCGCAGAGCCCUGGGGUCUGGGUUGGUUGGGCAGCUGAGGGAUGCGCGGCAGCCGGUGCACCGGCGGGUCUUUGGGCUAACAGAACCACCGCACAGGAGGAGGCGGGGUGAGGUGUCAGUGACACGCUGAGAUCUUCUUCGGAGAUCUGUCGGGGCAGGUGGGAUGCAGCGUAGCGGGGAGCAGGGGGCGCCGGCGCUUUUCCCUAGGGAGCCUACUCUGUCGUCCCUCUCAAUCCCUGCAGAGUGCCGGGGAGAGACAGUGAUUUAUGUGUAGGGAGAAGCAAGAGAAUUUUCCUGCACAAUGUAUCUUUCUCCAUCUUCACAGACUCAGUAAAGACUUCCCAGCCCCAGGGAGUGUAUUUUUCCUUCUCUUCUGUAAAGCUUUCUGUGGCUCGCAUUAUCAUUUACUAAAUACUUUAAAUACAUCGCUAUUUAUUUCAGCCUGCAGCUUCAGACCUUUGUUGCUUUCUCUCCACUUUUUGGAAUUUCAGUAAUAAACCACGGAGGGGGAUAGAUAGACUCCCCUGUUCCUCGAUUUUAUUGUGCUCCCUAACCCUACCAAAUCAGGUGGAAGGCCCUCGAGAAAGGAACUCUCUACGAAUGCCUGCCUUUCCUCAAGGGGACCACAGAGGGUGGCAGGUGUUUUAAGGGCAGGCUGUUCCCCAGUUGGACCGUCGAAUUUAGGGAACCUCAUUAACAGAAAGCCAGCCUUUGUGUCCUAAAUCAGACACCUUGGGAAACAGGAGGUUGGGCUAAAAGGUAACGUGAGAUUUUGUCUCAGGCCAAUGCCAGGAAUGAUGAAAGAGGCUGUAUGAGUUAAUUCAGAGUCCACGCUUCACUGAUACCAUAGCCCUCGGAUUCCCAAUGGACAUUUGGCAUAACUCAAGGACUGUCGCCAGAAUGAGCUGAGGCCUGGGCUUUCUCUGGAACUCUUCCCUGCCUACUUGUGUAAUUGGGCGCUAUGCAUCCAGACCUCGGACCCUUAUGGACACUGUUACAUGUUCUUGUGAUUCUGUGUUCUUCUGUGAGUUCAGACUUGGCGCCUUAUUUCAUUUCUGAGCCACUCUCUGCUGUCCAGAAGCUUGGUAGACCUGUGGUCCUCCAUUGUUCUGCUAAACCUGUUACUGCCCGCAUCUCAUGGUUGCAUAAUGGAAAACGAUUGGACAGAAGCAUGGAACAGAUUAAGAUUCAUCAGGGGACUUUGACUAUUCUGUCUCUUAACCCUUCCCUUUCUGGUUGCUACCAGUGCAUUGCCAACAAUAGCAUUGGUGCCAUCCUGAGUGGCCCUGCAACAGUGUCAACUGCAGCGCUCGGUGAUUUCGAUUCACCAACAAUGCAUGUUAUUACUGCAGAAGAGAGAAACACGGGUUUCAUUGGCUGCAGGGUACCGGAGAGUAACCCUAAAGCUGAGGUGCGCUAUAAGAUCCGGGGAAAGUGGCUGAAGUAUUCCACAGGGAACUACAUAAUUCUUCCCUCAGGAAAUCUUCAGAUUCUGAAUGUAUCCUCAAAGGAUAAGGGGUCAUACAAAUGUGCUGCUUAUAAUCCUGUCACCAGUGAACUGAAAGUUGAACCCACUGGCCAGAAGCUCCUUGUGAGUCGCCCUUCCUCGGAUGGUUUUCACAUUCUUCAUCCUGCUCUUUCUCAGGCAUUAGCUGUCCUCCUUCACAGCGCUGUUACCUUGGAAUGUGUGGUGAGUGGGGUCCCAGCCUCCCAAGUGCAUUGGCUGAAGGAUGGACAGGAUGCUCUGUCAGGAAGCAACUGGAGAAGGCUGUACUCUCACCUUGUCACAAGCAGCAUCAGCGCAGCAGACUCUGGCAACUAUUCCUGUGUUGUGGGCAACAAAUCCGGAGAUGUGAAACAUGUCACUUACACGCUUAAUGUGCUGGAGCCUGCAUCGAUUUCUAAAGGACUGCGCGAUCAGAAGGUGUCCCUGGGGGCCACUGUACAUUUUUCCUGUGAUGUUCAUGGGAACCCAGCUCCCAACCGCACCUGGUUUCACAACGCACAGCCUAUUCACCCGUCCUCACGACAUCUAACUGAAGGGAAUGGACUGAAGAUCACUGGGGUUACCAUGGAAGAUUCCGGCCUGUAUCAGUGUAUAGCAGACAAUGGGAUCGGAUUUAUGCAAUCUACUGGAAGACUUCAAAUUGAACAAGACAGUGGACAGAAGCCUGUUAUAGUCACUGCACCGGUAAAUGUAGAGGUGAUGGACGGAGACUUGGUGACUUUGUCAUGCAAUGCCACGGGAGUUCCUGUCCCAGUCAUUCAUUGGUACGGCCGCCAUGGAUUGAUAACGAGCCAUCCGUCUCAGGUCCUUAGAUCCAAAUCCCGAAAGUCCUACCUGUUGCGACCUGGGGACGUGGACCUGGAGCCCGUCUACCUCAUCAUGUCCCGAGCUGGCUCAAGCUCUCUGUCUAUACAGUCAGUCACUCAGGAGCAUGCUGGGAAAUACACUUGUGAAGCUACAAACAAACAUGGCACCACACAGUCAGAAGUGCUCCUCACAGUUGUUCCUUUUGAGACAAAUACAAAAGCAGAGUCAGUCACACCUUCUGAAGCGACUCAGAAUGAUGAACGAGACCCAAGAAAUGGUCCAGAGUCGGGCUUGCUGAGCUUGUUUCCAGUGAGGGUGCACCCCGGUGGAAUGGGAUUGCCAGCGGAGAAAAACGUCUCUGUCCCCGAUGCUCCUAACAUACUGAGCCCCCCACAGACCCACAUGCCAGACACAUACAACCUGAUGUGGAGGCCAGGGAGGGAUGGUGGGCUGCCCAUCAAUGCCUACUUCGUGAAGUACCGAAAGCUGGAUGAUGGGUCAGGCGCAGCGGGCAGCUGGCACACCGUCCGUGUCCCAGGGAGUGAGAAUGAGCUGCAUCUAACUGAGCUGGAGCCGUCAAGUCUGUAUGAAGUUCUGAUGGUGGCUAGAAGCGCAGUUGGUGAAGGACAGCCUGCCAUGCUUACCUUCAGGACCAGCAAAGAAAAAAUGGCAUCAUCAAAAAACACCCAGGCAUCCUUUCUACCUGUGGGCAUCCCUAAGCGGCCUGCUAUUUCAGAGACUUCCAACAGCAAUUUUGGAGUUGUGCUUCCGGAUUCCUCUAGGCAUAGUGGAGUUCCAGAGGCCCCAGAUCGGCCUACUAUCUCUACGGCAUCAGAGACCUCUGUCUAUGUCACUUGGAUUCCCCGGGCAAAUGGUGGCUCUCCAAUCACUGCCUUUAAGGUGGAGUAUAAACGGAUGAGGACUAGUGAUUGGCUGGUGGCUGCUGAAGAUAUCCCUCCUUCCAAACUUUCUGUGGAAGUACGUAGUUUAGAACCAGGCUCAACAUACAAAUUUAGGGUCAUUGCUAUCAACCAUUAUGGUGAGAGUUUUCGGAGCUCGGCAUCCCGUCCUUACCAGGUAGCGGGCUUCCCAAAUCGUUUUUCCAACCGCCCAAUAACUGGACCUCACAUCGCAUACACAGAGGCUGUCAGUGAUACUCAGAUUAUGCUAAAGUGGACGUAUAUUCCAUCAAGUAACAAUAACACUCCCAUUCAAGGAUUUUAUAUCUAUUACCGGCCAACAGACAGUGACAAUGACAGUGAUUACAAGAGGGAUGUUGUUGAAGGUUCAAAGCAGUGGCACACAAUUGGCCACCUGCAGCCUGAAACCUCUUAUGACAUUAAGAUGCAGUGCUUUAAUGAAGGUGGGGAGAGUGAGUUCAGCAACGUGAUGAUCUGCGAGACUAAAGUGAAACGUGUUCCUGGAGCUUCAGAGUAUCCCGUGAAAGAGCUGAGUACCCCUCCCAGUCCUUCAGGAAAUGGAGGGAAUGUGGGGCCUGCGACCAGCCCUGCCAGGACCAGUGAUAUGCUGUACCUCAUCGUUGGCUGUGUGCUUGGUGUUAUGGUCCUCAUUCUUAUGGUUUUCACUGCGCUGUGUUUGUGGAAGAGUCGCCAACAGAACGCCAUACAGAAAUACGAUCCUCCAGGAUAUCUCUACCAGGGGUCCGAGAUUAACGGGCAGAUGCUAGAGUAUGCCACUCUCUCAGGAGCAGCCCGGAUCAAUGGGAGUGUUCACGGAGGCUUCAUCAGCAAAGGCGGCCUCAGCAACGGCUGUUCUCACCUCCACCAUAAAGGCCCCAAUGGCGUCAGUGGGAUCCUGAAUGGAAGCAUAAACGGAGGGCUUUACUCUGCGCACACAAGCUCGCUAACCAGAACAUGUGUGGAGUUUGAGCAUGCCCAUCAUCUGGUGAAUGUAAGAGACCUCACUAUACGCAAUUGCUUCUCUGGGUCUCAGUGUGGCAGGGUGAAAGGACUGGUGAGCGUGCUUGACUUCUUUUACUGUAGACACCUGGUAAGCUGUGUACUUGGGCGUGCUGUGUGUGCCUGGCAGCUCCAGAUCCACAGGGAUCUGCAUCAGUUUUCUGUCAUCAGUAAUAGCUGCAUUUCUCAGCUUUUUCUAGCUUUAAUUAUUUACCACAAAGUGGAAUGCAGUAAAGAACACAUUGGAAGUUAUUCUUAAGACAAAAUGGAAAUAGCACUGAGCAAAGACCGGGUCAAAUGAUUCAUAUUUGAUUUACUUGGAGCUGAGUCUGAGAAUGCAAAUGCUGUUAAGUCUGACAAAUGGAA